AUGGACUCUUAUCACAAACAUGAGCUUAACUCCACCACAUGCGGCGGCAACCACCGUCACCACCGCCGCUAUUUCUUCCGAGUUGUCGUUAAGAUGACAUCAUUUGUUAUUUUUGCCGGACUCAUAUACUUCAUCUUCAACGAGUCCAACUAUCGUGUUCGGCUCGUGGCUAAACCUUAUUCGAAUUCUUCGUUUUCAUCUCAUGUUAAUGAUAAUGAGAAUAGUCUUGAGAGCAUAUUGAGAAGAGCAUCCAUGGAGGACAAUAAGACAGUGAUAAUAACAACCCUAAAUGCAGCUUGGAUCGAGCCGAAUUUCAUAUUCGAUUUGUUCUUGGAGAGCUUUAAAAUCGGGAACCGAACACAAAAUCUUUUGAAACACUUGGUGGUUGUAGCUUUGGACCAAAAGGCCUACUCGCGCUGCGUAUAUCUCCAUCCUCACUGUUUUGCCCUAAAAACCAACGACGAUGUGGACUUCUCGGGCACGGCCCAUUACAUGAGCGACGACUAUUUGAAGAUGAUGUGGAUUAGAAUCGAUUUUCUACGUUCGGUUCUUGAGAUGGGAUAUGACUUCGUAUUUUCGGAUGCUGAUAUUAUGUGGUUAAGGAAUCCAUUUCCAAGAUUCGACCCAAAUGGUGACUUCCAAAUAGCAUGUGAUUUCUACCGGGACAACUCGACCAACAUGCACAACUUCCCGAACGGAGGUUUCACGUACGUGAAGUCGAACGAGCGCACGAUCGAAUUUUACAAAUUUUGGCACACGGCAAAGGACUAUUUCCCGGGAAAGCACGACCAAGACGUGUUCAACGAGAUCAAGUUCAGCCCGUUUUUGACACGGGUCGGGCUGCGAGUCCGGUUCUUGGACACGGCGUAUUUCGGGGGGCUUUGUGAGCCGAGUAAGGAUCUCGACUUGGUGGUCACGAUGCAUGCGAAUUGUUGUAUCGGGAUUUAUAAUAAGAUGCACGACAUUAGGAUGGUGCUCGACGACUGGAGGAAGUACACGGCUUUGUCUGCCGGAAAAGGAACGAAUCCGAGCCGGAAAAUGACGUGGACCGAGCCGAGGAGGUGUGGUUUGGGCAAACCGAUUAAGCACAAGAAGAAAGUGAGAAAAGACUAG